GAAUACAUGAGCAAUUAUUCUUUGGUGCGAACAUAGAAGCAAAACAGCGUAUGAUAAAAUAUUAAAGAGUUUAAAGUAAAAUAUAAAUAAGUGUUUAAGUUUAAAAUAUGACAACAUCGAAUACAUUUUCAAGUUCAGAUACCGCUGCUUUGGAACGCGAAACCGAAUUGACAGAUGAACCCACCGUAACGCAAGAACAAAUGUGGAACGAUAAGCACCAAAAGACUGCAGUGGAUUGGAUUCGUCAGAAUGCCUAUCAAAGAGUUUGUUUACAAUUUCCGGACGCUUAUCUACCACACAGCAAUGCUAUUUGCGAUAAGUUAAAGCAAGUGUUACCUGGCAUCAACUUCUUUAUACUCGCUGACACUUCUUAUGGCAGUUGCUGUGUAGAUGAGAUUGCUGCAGCGCACAUUGAUAGCGACAGCUUAAUACAUUUUGGAAAUGCCUGCCGGAGUAAAGUAUCUCGUUUGCCUGUGUUGUACAUGUUUCCUGAAUUACCAAUUGACCUGCAACAACUAUUUGAAAAGAUGUCAAUGCUAAAAGAUAAUAGCAAAGACAAGGUCUUGAUCGUCUAUUUAGAUAUUGGCUACCACCAUUUGCUAGAAAAUGACUUGACCGAUAUGGAAACGGCUUCUUUAAGUAAGAAUUUAAAGGAAACGCUCCAAUGCAAAGAUGUUCAUAUUGUGGCUUAUCCUGCAGUGGAGGAAAAAGAUCAAAUAUUAUGUAAUGAUGAGCAAAUAUGUGUGUUUGUUGGAGAAGAUAAUAGCAGAUUCUUUAAUUUGUCAUUAACAAAGAAAGCUCAACAGUGGUUCAUUUUUAAUCCAUUAACAAAUACUCUAAACGAAAAGAAUCCUCUGACUGCGAACUACAUAAGACGUCGUUAUUACUACAUUGAGAAAUGUAAGGAUGCACAAACAUUGGGACUUGUUGUAGGCACACUCACUGCUAGCGGAUACUUGGACGUCAUAUCGCGACUACAAGAGAUGGCAAAGAGUAGGGGCGUUAAGACACAAUUGAUAUCGGUUGGACGCAUUAAUCCAGCAAAAUUGGCAAAUUUCUUGGAGAUAGAUUGUUUCGUGUUAAUUGGUUGUCCCUUCAAUAACAUAUAUAAUUCCAAAGAAUUUUAUAAACCAGUCGUUUCUGUAUUCGAAGCAGAAAUGGCAUUAAAUCCUGCAUGGCAUAUGAAGUAUCCAGAAGCUUAUGUAACUGAUUUUACCGAACUCCUCCCAGAAGGUAGUAACUUUAUCGCAUUUAAUAAGGAAAAUAUUGCCAGACAAGAUGUUAGUUUAGUAAGUGGUCGGCUGCGACAUGCCACAAUUGAUGAUAGCGUGGAGUUGGCAAACACAAACGCUCUAAGCGCACAACAACAAGCUUUGGUUACACAAGGCAAAAUGGAAGUUAUGACUACAAAUGUUGGAUUAACUUAUGAAGAUCGCACAUGGAAGGGCUUGGAGCCUGCAUUGGGCUGUACUGAACCAGCGAAAUUACAAAAAGGGCUGAGCGGUAUACCAAUUAAGUAUACACACGAUUGAAUGAACAAUAUUAGGUUUACUUUUUCUUUUGUACUACUAUUUUUAAUAUUUUAUAAUUAAUAAAAUUGAAUAUAGUUUAAUCAA